UUAUUUAUUGGCUUCCUACUAACUUACGAGCCACAUACAACUAAUUUCGUUUUCUUCAAUUCAUCUUUCUCUCCCAACUCUCUAGGUUUCUCUAUUAGGGUAAUUAAAGGAUUCUUGGGAGGAUAUUAGCUGUACACAGUAGCUUCGGAAGGAUCAUUACAUCCAUUGUAUUGUGUAGUUAUGCCUCCUUGAAGUUCUUCCAACAAGAUCAGAAAUGGAGGGAAACUCUUGCAAAUCAGAUGGAAAAGAAGGUGGUAUUGAAUUCUCCAAGAUCUCCCUCAGGCCGUUUAAUCCCUCUGAUGUUGAUGAUAUUAUGGAAUGGGCCACAGAUGAAAAAUUGGCUCGGUUUAGCUCAUGGGGACAUCAUACUAGCAAAGAAGAGGUGUUGAACUUUAUGAUGAAUGUCAUCAUCCCACAUCCAUGGUUCAAGGCAAUAUGCCUUGAUGACAAGCCAAUCGGUGAAAUUUCGGUGACAGGCAAAUCGGGUAACGACAAGUGCAGAGCUGAAAUUGGGUAUAUUUUGGCCUCCAAGUAUUGGGGGAAAGGAAUUGCAACCUAUGCUGUCAAAUUGGUGGCUAAUGAUAUAUUCUGGGAAUGGCCACAUUUGGAGAGACUUGAAGCUCUUGCUGAUGUAGAAAAUUUAGCAUCCCAGAGGGUGCUAGAGAAGGCUGGAUUUCAGAGGGAAGGUAUUCUAAGGAAGUAUUAUAAAAUGAAAGGAAAAACCAGCGACAUGGUUAUGUUUAGUCUUCUUUUUGAUGAUUUAUCUCAAUCUUCAUGAUAUUAUUAUAUUGCCCCUAGAAAACUAGUUUGAAUCUAGUCUUUUGUGUGAGAGAUAGGGUUUAUAUCAAAUCAUAUUAUUUGUUUCUCUUUCUA